GAUGUAUGGAGCUUGUGUACAAGGAACAAUGCGUCAACAAAACUUCAACACUAUGGAACGAUGUGCUCAACAGUUUGAUAAUAUUCGAGAAAACAGACCGCAAAAUGCUGCCUUCCAACUAGGAGAUAUCUAUGGCGUAUUAUCGAACCUGAUGAAUAAUGCUGAUGAAGAGAUAACCCAUUACAAUGAUUUAGAGCAGCAGUUAACGUCACUCGCACCGUGGAAUGUUUUAAAUAUAUCAUCGGAAAAUGCCGAAGGGAUAAUGAACGUGACGUCACAUCUGCGUGACGUAAAUACAAAGCUAACUCGGUCCCGAUCUCGAGUGGAGAAUGAUACGUGUAUUAGCGUCCAUGGCAUGACAAGGCAGGAACGCCGUACAUUAAGAAGAAGAUGGCUGUUGAGAUGGAAACCAAGACGUUCCCCACGGAGACUGGAUGGUACACAUGCUCGACAAAUAAAAUACUUCAACCUCUGCUCAUACGAAAUAUGCCACAUUGGUGGGUUUGCUGUUCUCCCAAACGGAGAUCUGGUGGCGACUGACGCCGACAAUUAUGAGGUUUACAUCUACAACCCGAACCAAGAUUACCCACGUAAAAUUAUCAACCUCGCCCCACUAGCUCUGGGCGACGUUAUAUUCUCCCAGGAUUGGAAAGUAUUCAUUCACGUGAGGCUGAUUACUCAACAGAUGGCGUGGUUGGUGCUGAAUUUCCUCGAUUCAACAAGCUACUUGAGAGAAAGCAAUGAUCAGAGCUCCCUCAGAUGGGAUAUCAACGAAAUGUGUGAAGCAACAUAUUCAGAAACGGAACCGGAAAGUCCAGUUGAGCCUUGCGCAGACCCAGGUUAUCUAAGGAUGAGGAUUACGGAUCAGUUCGGGUUUACUUACGGCUCUAUGGACAAUGAACAUAUUGACGCCGUCGCGCCGAACUGCACGCGCUUUUCUUCCAUCACGAGCGGCAGGUACGAUUACAUGGUUCGUGAUAUUGUGAGAUUUGAUAGAAACAUGUUAUAUGUGCGCACAGAUUCUCGCGGACACCGGAAGUCAUCCGUCAAUAACUUGCACAUAUUCGAAAUGUUCAAUCUGAUUGACAGUGUAAACUAGGCGAUGAAUUAUCGCAUGAUAUAGAAAAUAGUGACUGUUAACUGUGUAAUACAUAACGAGUAGUGGUUGCUGUAUCGAUACAUAUCAUCGUUAUUGUAUUUUCUUUAA